AUGCACGCCAAUAUUCGCGAUGGAAUGGACAUGAUUCGCGGAACACAUAACAAUUUACUCAAGCAAAACUGUAUCUCCUCGCAUCUCCACAUCUACUUGCAGCUGCAGCAUCUGCGCGUGAUGUGGACGAUUGACCGAAGAUCCUCUAUUUAUGUUGAAUUAACUGAAGACUCUGUCGUCUACGCCUAA